AUGCGGGCCUCUAAAAGCCGACCGACCUCCUCCAAACGCCCCCUCUCCUCGACGAGGGUGGUACGGUCGGCCUCGAGCUGCGCCCGCUCCCCCGCCACGGUCGCUUCCAGCCGCUCGAUCACCUCUGGGGCGCUUCCUAGCACGUCCGAGAGGGGUUCUGUGGCCUGGCUGGACAACGGCCGGGCACUGGGUCCUCUGCGAGCCCUCUCUGCAGAGGCGCUCGGGGUCCCCGAUUGCUACCAUGCCGAUGCCGCCCUCGCUGCGGCCAUUUGCCCCGCCCUCGAAGUGCUCGGGGCGGGCUCGGCCGGCGCCGGCUGCUCCGGCGCGGCCGCUGCACUCGGCUCAGGGCACGGCGGCGCCUGCGGCUCCGGCUCGACCGGCGCGCUUGGCUCAGGCGCGCUCAGCUCAGGGGCGGGAGCCGGCCUUGGCACUUCCGGUCGCCUUUGGUCCCCGGCGGCAUCUUUGGGCAGCCUGAAAGCAAACAAAGGUUAG